AUGGUUACGAUUACAGGUGUUGAGACGAAGGACGUGCGGUUCCCGACGUCCCUUGACAAGACUGGCUCCGAUGCUAUGAAUGCCGCUGGAGAUUACUCUUCAGCAUACUGCAUCUUGCACACCGACUCAGAAUUCAAAGGUCAUGGCAUGACCUUCACAAUCGGCCGUGGAAAUGAGAUUGUAUGCACUGCCAUCACCCACCUAGCAGACCGCAUCAAAGGCCACACUCUCGACUCCCUCGUCGCCAACUGGGGCAAGACCUGGCGUCAUCUCGUCAACGACUCGCAACUCCGCUGGAUCGGCCCCGAAAAAGGCGUCAUCCACCUCGCCCUCGGCGCCGUCGUAAACGCCAUCUGGGAUCUCUGGGCCAAAUCCCUUGGCAAGCCCGUCUGGCGCAUAGUCGCAGACAUGACCCCCCAGCAAAUUGUCGACCUCAUCGACUUCCGCUACAUAACCGACGCCCUAACCCCAGCCGAAGCCCUCGAAAUCCUCACAAAAGCCGAAGCAGGCAAGAAGGAACGCCUCCAGGAAGCCCUCGACAGCCGCGCUGUACCCGCCUACACUACCUCUGCGGGCUGGCUGGGUUACGGCGAGGACAAGAUGCGAGGUCUGCUCCAGGACACGCUAUCAAAGGGGUACAAGCAUUUCAAGCUCAAGGUGGGAAGUGAUAUUGCGCAGGAUAAGCAGCGUCUGAGUAUUGCGCGCGAGAUUAUCGGGUUUGACCGCGGAAACGUGCUCAUGGUUGAUGCGAAUCAGGUGUGGAGUGUGCCUGAGGCGAUUGAGUAUAUGAAGGAGUUGAAGGAGUUUAAGCCGUGGUUUAUUGAGGAGCCGACGAGUCCUGAUGAUGUCCUCGGCCACAAAGCCAUCCGCGAAGCCCUCAAACCCUACAACAUCGGCGUCGCCACCGGCGAAAUGUGCCAAAACCGCGUCAUGUUCAAGCAAUUCCUCGCGUCCGGCGCGAUCGACAUCUGCCAAAUCGACGCCUGCCGUCUCGGUGGCGUAAACGAGGUUAUCGCCGUGCUCCUCAUGGCUGCCAAGUUCAACAUCCCCAUUGUACCGCACUCUGGUGGUGUGGGUCUGCCAGAGUACACGCAGCAUCUUUCUACGAUUGAUUAUGUGGUGGUGAGCGGCAAGAAGAGUGUCCUCGAGUAUGUGGAUCAUUUGCAUGAGCAUUUUUUCCACCCGAGCAGGAUUGAGAAUGGGUAUUAUGUUACCCCCAUGGAUCCUGGGUAUUCGGUUGAGAUGAAGCCUGAGAGUAUGGAGAAGUUUAGUUUCCCUGGUGGCAAGGAUGGGUGGUGGCAGUCUGAAGAGGCGAGGCCGAUUUUGGAGGGUGUGAAGAUUUAG